AUGAGUUGCGAGAUAAGUCUUUGCAAUCUUGAUAAGAAAUUGCCACUCUCCAAUUUGCAAAUAAACGAUUUGAAGGAAAAGCUAUCCCACCAUCCUCAUGAUGAUUCAAGGAAAUAUGAAGUUACCAAAUAUGAAGUCAAGAGGUUGACCAUUGGAGAAAGGUAUGAGGAUUCCAUCCAUCCUACAUCAAGAAGGUCUUCAAUGAGAAAUCAUUUCGAUUUGAGGACAAAUCGCCAAAAAGAAAGGGAGGAUGAUGUGAGCACGUUUAGGGCCGGUUUUCUCCAUGACGAAAACCCCUCAAGGACGUUCUACCUUAUUAACUCUAAGGGAGGAACACAAAGCUCAUGCUCCAUACUGGGCGGUUUUUGAGGAGGUUAUUUGACAUAUUUUCAUGGU